AAUCCAGAUGGGGAAACAUUCCAGUUUAUUAAUUAAGGAUUCUUCUCAACAUAUUCCUGAAACAUCUGAUUUAGCAAAUGAGACAAGAGAAGAUUUGCAAUCGUCAAAUGGAGAAAAUAUUUGUUUUGUUUGCAACAGUAGAAAUCAAAAUAUUGUUCCAAAUAAUGCAUGCACAGAAACUUCUCAAACUGAAUUGAAACAGAAAUUGGUCCUGCUUGUUUCUGUGGAACUUGAUUUGCGACUUGAAGAUAUUGGAUCGAUUUGUGUAAACUGUGCCCAAAUUCUCAAUUGUAUUGAUUAUGUUGAAAACAUGCAUAAAACUUUGAGUAAAGGCAUUUUAAAUCAUGUGAAAAGAAACUUUGGAAUGGAACCAACAGAACAUGUUAAUUUAGAUCUUUGUAUGAAAUCUCUGAAAAAUUUUACUGUUUGUAAUCCUUGGAGAGAUGUGGACGAAUCCAGGCUCAAUCAGAAGCAAAAAUUAAAUAUGUUGGUAACCUCAGAGGCCCAGCACAGUCAUCAGUCUAAUAAAUCUUCGGAGGUUCCUGAUCAGUUCAGUAAAUUUAAGAAAUUGGAUCACAAUGAAGAAAAUCAAGAAAUCAUAUUACUUGAAAAUGGAUUAGCAAAUGCAAUUAAACUUGAAUACUUGGAAUGUGAUAUAUGCUCUUAUAAAACAAAAUUUCAAGCUUUUAUGCUUUUUCAUGUACGUCAACAUUUUCAGAGCAAGUAUGCUUAUGAUUCUUGUCCAGUAGAAGAAUGGCAGACAACUGAUGAAAGUUGUAAAAUAAUAAAUGAUUCUGAAUGUGAGAGUGACAAGUUAGAUGAAAUUCUUCCGCAACAAUUUUCAAAGCCUCGGAAACAUCGCAAACCACUCAACAGAGACACUUUAGAAAAAAGAAAUGUGGUGAUGACAGUGAAGGUUAGUUCAGAAAUGCCAGUUAGAGGAGAAUCUGAAGAAAUUCUUAGUGAG